UGGAAGAGCGCCUCUGUUAUGCAGCAAUGAAAGGGGAUCUAAAAUCAUUGCAAGAAAUAAUCGCAAUAGAUGGUUCCAUUCUAGAUAGAGUUUUGGUGGGAAUUUUCAGAGGGAAAAAUCCUCUUCACGUGGCCAUAUCAACAGGGCAAACACGAUUUGUCUUAAAACUUUUGGAAAUUAAACCAGGACUUGCAGAAGUUUUAGAUACAGAACUUGGCGCGGCCAUUCACAUAGCAUCGGCUAAAGGGCACCUUGAGAUUGUGAAAGCUUUAGUGAACGUUAGCCCUGAGAUGUGCCUAGCUCGUGAUGGAGAUGGUAAUAGCCCUGUUCACAUCACUGCAAUGAAAGGUCAACUUCAAGUGUUGGAAGAGUUGGUUCGAACCAAUACCCACAUAGCUCAAGUUAAGGUGAAUCGAGGCGAUACCAUCUUGCACUUAUGUGUGAAGUAUGACCAGUUGGAGUGUCUAAAACUACUUCUACAAAUGAUUCCAAAUCCAUAUUUUGUCAAUGACAUCGAUGUCGAUGGCAACACCAUAUUGCAUCUAGCAGUUUCUGAAAAACGACCGGAGAUGAUCAAACAUGUGCUUAGCUACGAGAAAAUAGUAGCUGUGAAUGCAAUAAACAAAAGUGGGCGAACAGCGCUGGAUAUUCAUCUGCAAUUCCCAGCAGGAAAUCAAUCAGAUUCGGAGAAUAUUACAGACAUCUUACUUGAUGCUGGGGCCAAAAGAUUUAAAAGAGGCAAACAGGGCACUGUCGGGGAUGAUCGCCUUGAGCCUUCGUGGCAGACCAAGAGAAGGAAUACCUUUAUGAUUGUAUCUUCACUGAUCGCGACAAUGGCAUACCAAGUCGGGGUGAAUCCUCCCGGCGGUGUUUGGCUAGACGAUGCAGAAGAACACAAAGUCGGGAAAGCUAUACUCGCUUAUAACUACCCUGAUUUUUACCCAAUCUUCAUGUGCUUAAACACGGCUGGAUUCCUCGUGUCUCUAACCACGAUCUUGCUGCUCAUUAUUUCCUUGCCAGAGCGAGGAUGGGGUCUAAGGUGGGCUCAAGCUUUCAUCUCGUGGUGCACGAUCCUGACAACGGCUUUUUCUUACACAUUUUCCGUCAUUGCUAUUUCACCGGCAGGGAAGAAGUAUAUAUACGAAAGGGACGCAAGCAAAGCAAUUAAAUUUACGGCUCUGGCGUGGGCCGUUGUGAUGUCGCUUAUCUUCGUAUGGCACUUGCUUCUUUUGACAAUUGGGAUUCUGAAAGAGCAAAGGGGUCUAAUGAAGUGCAUGGAUAAGCUUUUCAAGGUCGUCAAAGGUAGGCCGACAUCACUUCCAAACUCGGUUUAGCAGGAACGGGCCCAAUGUUUGAUCUUUUCAUGCUCGUGCUGUGAGUUUUCUUCCAACAAGUGUUACAAUACACACCCUUCUUGUUGCAUAAGUGUACUGUAGCACAUGUAGUAUGAACAUAAGGAAUG